GAUUGUGAGACACAGAGGAGAAUGAAUGGUCAUGUAAAGAAUAUGCAUUUUCAACAGCAUGUGGAAAGAGCAGCAACAUUACUCUGCUUCCUGCUGCUUCUGGCUGUUGAUACAACAAAAACUGUGGAAGCAGGCAAAAACCAGGGGUGUGAUUCUGAUCUGCAAAAGACUCAGAAGCUCACCAGACUAAUACAUAAGCAAACCGGUGAUCUGAUCAAAGCAUAUAAAGCAUCCGAAGGAGAAAUGGCACAGCUUUUCUGCAAGGCUUCAAGGAGCGACAUCCCUGACCCAAACAUCUCUGGGCUGGAACCCUCAGAGAGGAUGGCAAGCAUAUACACACAGCUUCAAGCCUUCUCACCUCACCUGAAGAGGGUCCAAGAGCAGCAGAUGGACUUGCAGCCCCCCAAAAGCCUGCUUCUCGAUCUAAUUCAAAAAGUGAGAGAUUACAGCGUGAGGCUUACUUCUAGCAUUAACAACUUUUACCACAACUUCUUCCCAAACCUGCCUUUACCGGAUCCGGCAGGUGGACCCACGACACUACCACUGCCCCAGAACAUCUUCCAGCAGAAGAUAUACGGCUGUGUGGUGCUGACGACCUACAAGAAGCUCCUGAAUAACAUUUCAAAAGACAUGAGGACACUGAAAAUCAAAGUCUGCACGAGGGCAAGAUAAAGUUGAUUCGACCCCUUUACAUGACAUGAGGCUGGCCUUUGUAGGUCAGUAUCCAGCAGCACUUUACUUAUAAUAAACGACUUAUAAAAAGAUAAUUACGUUUGAAGAUGGCAGGUACAUCAGAAUAGUAUUGCCUAUUUAUGGUAUUUAAUAUUUAUUUUCUCCAAGUGUUCCUGGAAAGAGAAAUUUUGCUAAAAGUGUGAUAUAAUUAACAGGCUAAUUGUGUCUUGUUUUCUAAUUUAAAUGUUUUUUGCUGUACACAGAACUGUAAA